CCUCUUCAGUCUUCCUCUCAUUUAUAUUGCACCGGCUAAUCAACUCAACUCAGACUUCUCAGAUCGUCCAUCCAUUAAUCCCAGCAGCAGACCUAUUGUCCCGGAUAUGUUCAUCUUGAUCAUGCCGAAAUAAAACAUAUUUUUCCCACCAAUACCAACACCGCAUCUCUUCCCGGCAUAGUGCUACCAUGCUCCGUCGAUCAUAAUGGACCCCAUUGCGACCUUGCUUGACUGCCGGCAGUUUGCACAAAAGCCGCUUGUACGUCCAAGUCUUCUGUUGCUUAUCCAUUCAUUCAUGCUAGUCCGUCAUGCGUCUCCUACUUCUUUCUUUGGGCGCGACGAUUGCGUCUCUCGCCUCGGCCUCGUUGCAGAUUGUUCCGGGUGGCACAUGGACUACACCAAAUGGCGAACAUCUUCAAGCUCACGGGGCUGGUCUCAUUGUUGACAAUGGCACAUACUACAUGAUUGGAGAGGACAAGAGCGGGGGACACUCAUUCUCCAACGUCAACUGCUACUCGUCCACUGACCUGGUGCAAUGGACGCUCGUCGGUGCUCUUCUGACACGUCAAGCAUCCGGUGACCUCGGUCCAAAUCGUGUUGUUGAAAGACCAAAGGUAGUCUACAAUGACCGCACUCGAAAGUAUGUGCUCUGGAUGCACAUGGACAGCAGCAAUUACGGUGAAGCCAGAGUCGCCGUUGCCACUGGAGACUCGGUGUGUGGGAGGUACCAAUAUAUCAGGAGUUUCCAACCACUUGGACGAGAAAGCAGAGACAUGGGUCUUUUCAAGGAUGACGAUGGCAAAGGGUACCUGUUAACCGAAGAUAGGAAACAUGGACUUCGAAUCGUCGCACUUUCCGAUGACUAUCUUACUCCCACGACGGACGUAUUUUCCUGGCGCCUGGAAGGUGGAAAUCGUGUGGAAGCUCCUGCCAUGAUCAAACUUGGACGAACCUACUUCAUGUUUGCUUCAAUGAUGACGGGAUGGGACGCCAACGAGAACCAGUACACCACCUCCACCUCUCUGUCUGGCGGCUGGUCUGCGUGGAGAAAGUUUGCCGAUAGCGGAUCCAAGACCUACAACUCCCAAACGACAUACAUUCUCAAGACAAGCGAGUCUAGUGCUAUCUACCUCGGCGAUCGGUGGAUGAAAGACAACUUGAUGGCGAGCACGUAUAUCUGGCUCCCACUGAGUAUCAGUGGAACUACCGUUACCAUGAAGAACUUUGUUAGCUGGGUCCCCGGCUCACCUGGAUUCUCCGCAUGGCAAAAUCCUCCUGCAGAAACAUCAUACGAAGGAGAAAAGGCAGUGUAUGGCGGAAAAGCAAGGAAUGUAGAUUGCUCGACCUGUUCUGGCAAAGUGACGGCUGGAUACAUUGGCGGCCCAGACCGGGGUAGCGUCACAUUCAACAACAUUCGCAGCGACAUCGACGGCUUGACUACAAUUCGGAUCAAGUUCCUCAACGGAGACAGCAGCCCGCGGUAUGCCAACGUUCGGGUUAAUGGCGACGGGGGGAGAAAGAUUGCCUUCCUACCAGCAAAGGGAGACCCGGCUUCCAGUACCCUUCACGCCAACUUGAGACGCGGUUCGAGUAACACAAUUGUCAUUGAGGGAUUUGGGAAUGGCUGGGGACCAGAUGUGGAUCGGUUGAUGGUUCCAGUGCAGUAGAUUAUCAGACCUCCCUUGUUCUACGAAUGCUUAUGUAGAUUACCUAUCCCCAACACAGAC